ACACCUCAAUGUUCCACCCUAUCCACAAUGGCACCAAUCACUUUGUCCCCACUCAAACCCAAACCCCUAAUCUUAAUCUUAUGCUACACCCAUACCUAACUCCGCUCUUCACCAGAGCCUCAUUCAGAUCCCUAACAAUGUCUCUUCUUCAUUCCAACCCUAACCCCAUCAAAACUCGAAUCAGGGGUGUCGUCUUUGACAUGGACGGAACCCUAACGGUCCCCGUCAUCGACUUUCCCGCCAUGUACAAAGCCGUACUGGGUAAAGAUCAGUACUUUAAAAUAAUCGGUUCUUCCCCUUCUGGUAUCGACAUUUUGCACCAUAUUGAACAAUGGAGCCCUGAUAAGCAGCAAAAAGCGUAUGAAAUCAUUGCGGAUUUUGAGCAGCAAGGGCUCGAUCGGUUACAGAUUAUGCCCGGUGCUGCAGACCUUUGUGAUUUUCUUAAUUCUAGGAAUAUCAGGAGGGGACUAAUCACUCGUAAUGUCAAAUCGGCUGUUGAUUUGUUUCAUGAAAAAUUUGGGAUGUCAUUUUCUCCAGCAUUGAGCCGGGAAUUUCGUCCAUAUAAACCCGACCCUGCUCCUUUACUUCAUAUAUGUUCAACUUGGGGAGUUGAACCUACCGAAGUGGUGAUGAUUGGUGAUAGCUUGAAGGAUGAUGUGGCUUGUGGGAAGAGGGCUGGAGCAGUGACAUGUUUGCUUGAUGAAACAGGGAGGUAUGAUUCCCCUAAAUAUGCCAAUGUUGAACAUAAACCAGAUUACAAGGUAUCCUCCCUUGCUCAAUUUCAUUUGCUGCUCGAGUCAAACUUUGACUUAACACCCUGACUUUACGGAGAUCAAGACCUUUUUAAGUGGAGUUCCACACAAGAUUUGAAUUUAGGAUCCGAAACGAACACAAACCAAUGGUCAAAGUAUUGGUGAAAGAACUAGAUCAUUAUUGUAGAUUUUGGUGGUGUAAUUUCCAGCCAUAUCAAUGGAAGUAAUGUAGAUUUUGUAAAAUGAUUUCUGUUGAACGAAGUCAACGGUAAAGUUGACCCGAGUGUGUGCAUUUUUCUUUCCUUGUUAUUGUAUCUUUUUAAGUAUUGUUGGGAUUAUUACCGUGUACCCGACAAAGGGUCUGGUAUCAGUUAUGUCCGACUCGACUAAUGGUCUAAUUUGCGUUA